AUGCCAUGCACUACACUGCACGUGCUCCUAGCUCAUUGCGCAUCAGCCGAUGCUUCCAACCCUCCAGCGUAUUUGCCAAGAAGAGUAGCUAAAGUUCGCGUUGUUUGGAAAUCAGCUGGGAAAGGUGAGACAUGCUAUGGGCUUCAUGAGGCGGCGAUUUUCACCCGGGAGCUCUUCGAGAUGUACGAGCAGUUUUCAGACUCCCGCGGCUGGAACUUUCAGGUGGAGACCGUGAAUGAAGGCGUUGGAGGAGGUGUCCUGUUCGCUUCCGCACGCGUGUCUGGCGGAGUCGACGAGGAGACAGCUCCCUACGGCUGGCUUCGGCACGAGUCUGGUGUUCAUCGCGUCCAGCGCGUGCCCAGCACGGACAAAAAGGGCCGUAUGCAGACCUCCAGCGCAGCCGUGGUCGUUCUGCCUAUUGCCGACGAAGAGGAUGUGGAGUUCGCUGCCGGCGAUCUCCGGAUCGAGAUCAGCAAGAAGUCCUCGGGCCCCGGUGGACAAAGCGUCAACGCGGCGCACCAGGCAGUUCGGGUCAUCCACAUUCCGACGGGGCUUUCAGUGCAGAGUACCUCCUCUCAGUCGCAGUACGAGAAUCGCACGCGUGCAAUUGAAAUGCUGCGCACGAAGCUUCUGGACCGACAGAUUUCUGCCAAAUCCGAAUUCGAGCGUGCAGAGCGCAAGGAUCAAAAGGGCACCGGAGACCGAUCUGAGAAGAUCCGGACGUACAACUUCCAGCGCGACGAGGUUGUAGACCACCGACUGCCUAAAGAUGCAGGUGGGGCUGGCCACAGCGCAAGCGAUGUCGUCUUUGCAGGAGGCCUGGAGGCCAUCUUGGUUUUCCACAGAGAGCAAAGCAGGAUGUCGUACUUGGAGCGGGCUGUCAUGGCCAUGGAGGAGGAGUUGCUGCAAAAGUCGCGGGAGACGUUUUGUGAUAUGGUGCUCCGCAUGUUGUACUUACCGAGUAGGUAG